AGGACACACAAAUGCAACGCGAUCCCGAUGCAAUGAUGUUCCAUUAUUGGUGAUCAACGCAGGUGCCCGUCACGAGCUAAGGAGAAAGCAUGGCUCAACACGAUUCACACUAUCGCAAAAGAACUCUGGACUUUGGUGAUAAAAAUCGGAAUCUAUUGAAAUUCACAACCGAUGUGGAACAUUUCCUGGAGGAGUACGACAGGGUCGUCGAACAUCGGUGCGUUUAUCGACGGAACUUCGCACGUCAUUUGCAGGAAAUUGAAACCAACCUACAGCUGCUGAUAUCGAAGUUUCAUCGAAUCGGAAUCGAUGGCUGCCGAAAUCAACUGUUCAUGGAGCUGUUUUGCUGUGGGACUCUUUUUGAAAAUCGCAACGAAUUACGGAAGCACUAUUUCCGGUUUCACAACACCCCUCGGUUGGUUCAUUCGAGCAUUGUGGAGUUGGGAUCAGGAUUCGGAAAGAUGGAACAUUUUCGAAAGCGCUUGGAGGAAUAUUUGCACUAUGGCAAGGAGCAUAGCGCUGUAUUGUUGGUAAAUCUGCAGAAACUAUUGAAAAAUGUAAGCCGUACUAUCGAGCUUGAUAGGCCGGUGAAGGAUAACGGGUCGACCAAGCCAGAUCAUCUGAUAUAUCGCUGGAGAGAUUUUAGAAUCCCAAUUGAGCGAAGUGUUGUGUACUUUUGUAAAUGCUAAG